GUUCCGUUUCUAGUGCUGAGAACAGGGACAGAAGUUUGAGGAGCAGAAGAAGAGAAAAUAUAUAAUGACCGGAAUUCCAAUAUUUCUGUCAAGUGAAAUCAUAUGGAAUAUGAUGAGCUAUUUGUCAGUCAAAUCAGUGCUAAGAUUUAAAUGUGUAUGCAAGAAUUGGAAUGUCAUAAUUCAAGAUUUUCAAUUUAUAUGUCUUCAUUAUGAACGUUCUCCCGCAUCUAUCACCAAAAAACCUCCAGGAACAACAACAGAGGAAGUUGAAUUUAAACCGUUAGACAGUGUGGGUUUAUUACUAGAGUACUCUAGUACUAAUACUACUUUAAAUUACAAAUACCGUGUAAGGAACCCUGAAAUACAACAUCAAAUUUUUGAAAUUCCAGAUUCACAACACUUUAUCGUGAAUAUGUCCCUUGUGUUUGAUCCACUUUACCAUGUUUUGAAGUUGCUCUCUUAUAUUCAUGAUAACCAACUUGUGAUCGGUUACGAGGUCCUUGAUCUUUGUAAUGAAGAAGGUAGCUAUUCUUGGCGACCUCUAGUACGUAAAGGAGAAACUAGAUUGAGCAGCCCAAUUAUAAAACGUAGCAAGAUUAAAGCUCUGUUUGCAUUGAGAACUGGUUACAUCAUUUGGGAUAUCGCCUCAGCAACAGGAAUUGAUAUUGUGGAUAUGGUGAAUGAUAGCUACAUUGGUCAUAUUAAUUUUCCUACAAGUAAUUUCUACAACAAACAUGAUGAUUGCAUACUUUGGAAUGAAAAGUUAUCAUUGGCUAAACUAGUAAAAGAUGAGCUUCAUGUGUUACUAUUAGACAAGGCGCAAUGGGCUGAUGUUUCACUAAUCAUUAAGCUACCAUUCGUGGUCGUGUCGGCAGUGCAGGAACAGAUAACUGUUAUAAGAUGUGGUGACUCUGAUAAAUUGAUGUUUAAGUGGAAGAACGACACGGACAAGAAGAAGGAACCACUCUGCUUUUAUAACAUUAAGACCGGAAAACUAGAAAUAAGCAGACUAAACUGUACUGAACUUUUCAACUAUGUCUACAGGCGACCUUGCCUAGUCACUUUCAAAGGAAUCAAUACAUGAGUUCUAUUCAA